CCAAGAGAACAAAACUAGAAACAAUGGCUGACGCAACGGAAAAAGCUGAGCAUGACCGUAUUUUCAAGAGAUUUGAUGCUAACGGAGAUGGGAAAAUAUCUGCGGCCGAGCUUGGAGAUGCUCUCAAGAACCUUGGCUCGGUCACGCACGAGGACAUUAAGCGUAUGAUGGCCGAGAUCGAUACUGAUGGUGAUGGAUACAUCUCCUACGAAGAAUUUUCUGAUUUCGCAAGUGCCAAUCGUGGUCUUAUGAAAGACGUCGCCAAGAUUUUCUAAGUAAAGCUAACAGAUCUUAUAAUUUUAUAUGAAAGGGCGUGUGUGAGAUUUAAUCAUGUUUAAUUUGUUUUGUAAUGACAAUCAUUUGAUCAAGUAUGUUUUUUUUUCUUUAUGUCUUGUCUUGGAUUUUUCUUGAAAACGCAUUGUAACGACGUAUUAGUUUUUGAUUUUUGUUU